ACAAAAAAGGAAAGAAAACCACAAAUAUGAGAGAAACCACGAGAAAAUGUGGAAAAAGGCAAUAAGCGAGAACCUAGCUUAAAUAAGAAAACACGUUGCGAGGUCAGUCGUGCUGAUGGUAGUGAUAGUGUUGCGUGCGAUUAAAGUGGGAUCAGAAAAAAUUGGCGACUGCAAUGACACCAAAUCCAUGCAAUGUGUCUGUAGAUGAGGAUGUGGAAAAGAAAGCACAAGAAGCUUUGAAUUGUUCCGAUGACAGUGAUAGCAAGAUGAGUGAGGAGUCAUCAGAACGUCCAGCGUGGGACAACAAGCUUCAAUAUCUCAUGGCUGCACUUGGAUUUGCUGUUGGUCUUGGUAACAUUUGGAGGUUUCCUUACUUGUGCAAGAAAAAUGGGGGAGGUGCCUUUCUUAUUCCAUAUGUGAUAAUGCUGUUUGUUGAGGGCUAUCCAUUGUAUUAUCUGGAACUGGCAGUUGGCCAGAAAAUUAGAAAAGGAACAAUUGGUGUUUGGACGCACAUACAUCCAUACCUUGGUGGUGUUGGUAUUGCAAGCAAUGUGAUUUCUCUACUCAUUGGUUUAUACUACAACAUGAUACUUGGUUGGGCAAUUUUCUAUCUUUUUAAUUCGUUUCAAACUGAUUUGCCUUGGGCCACUUGUCCCAUGAUAAACGAUACACAUAUGGUUCAAGAAUGUCAGUUGAGUUCAUCCACCAAUUACUUCUGGUACAGAGAUACCCUUGAUAUCUCAUAUAGGAUAGAAGAUGGAGGUGCCCAAAACUGGAGAAUGGUUCUUGUCCUCUUUGUUGCUUGGCUUAUAGUAUUUUUGGGCAUGAACAAAGGGAUUAAAUCGUCGGGGAAAGUGAUGUAUUUUGCCACAUCUUUUCCAUACAUUGUUCUGAUUGCUUUUUUCUUCCGUGGAAUGACACUUGAUGGUGCAGUGGAGGGGGUGAAGUACAUGUUCUCGCCUGAUGUUUCUCGUUUAAAAGACGCAGAUGUUUGGAGAGAAGCAGCCACUCAAAUAUUUUUUAGUCUUGGACUUGGCUAUGGAAGUAUCAUUGCUUACUCUAGUUACAACCAACCUAAAAAUAACUGUAGAAAGGAUGCCAUUUUCAUUGCCACUGCAAAUUGUAUCACUUCUAUAUUUGCUUGCAUUACCGUGUUUUCUAUUCUUGGAUUUAAAGCGAAAACAAGAGCAAUGGAUUGUUUUGAAAGCAACAAAAUCAUGUUGGUUGAUCAUCUUCCUGAAAACUUUCCUGAUCGAGAAAAUCUUUUAAAUUUUACUUUUAAUGAACUUUUACUUGAGUUCAAUCUCGAUUCAUCACAAAAAUCCACCGAGCAUUUACUGAAGAUGACCAACUGUUCAAUUGAAUCUGAACUUGAUACAGACGUACAAGGCACUGGGCUUGCAUUUAUUGCUUUUACUGAAGCAAUUCUAAAGUUUCCAGCAGCUCCUUUCUGGUCUGUGCUCUUCUUCUUCAUGCUUCUUAACAUUGGAAUGAGCAGUGAGUUUGGUAUCCUUCAAACAGUGGUAACCUCUGUGCUGGACUCAGGGGUGAAGGUAUCUAAGACCAAACUCACAGCUGGCAUGUGCUCUUGUAUGUUCGUAGUGGGCCUGCUUUUCACUCAAAGGUCAGGCAGUUAUUUUUUGGAUAUUUUUGACACCUACUCUGCCACUUUGUCUCUCGUUACAAUUGCUCUAUGUGAGGUUCUUUCCGUCAGUUAUAUUUACAAGAUGGGCAGGUUUGAAAAAGAUCUAAAAGAAAUGGUGGGUGUCUCCCCUGGUUACUACUGGACUAUAUCAUGGAGAUUUACCUGCCCACUGGCAUUGCUGGUUAUUCUUGGGGCAAGUGUAGCGGGCUUAUUCACUAAAGAUAUCACAUAUUCUGGGUGGAACCCGAUCACUGCAAGCAAGGAUGAUCUGCUGUUUCCGACAUGGGGAAUCGUGCUCAUUAUCUUCCUGAUCCUUGCUUCCGUCUCGUGCAUUCCUGUCUAUGCACUUCUGUACAAGUUCGGUUACAUCAAACCAGACACUUUUAUUUUUAACAGGUCUAAGGAUUUCGAUGAGAAAGAAUACUCUGAGUGUAUGGUGACUGAAUCCACACAACCGUUAACUGCAAAGGUAUAGUCAGGUGUCACCUAGCCACAGGUACCCAUGUUGAGUAGCCUAAUUACCGGGUAUAUGGUCCACUGGUCAACAAAACUGUGUUUUCACAUUCAUUAUUUCGACAUCUACACUGUAAAUGCCUUUACACAUAAGUUAUCACUUAGAUACCAUAUGUACACAAUCUAUUAAACAUAAACUAUUUUUUUAUGCCGCUUUUAAAAUAACACUGCUACAGCUUUUUUUAACUACUAUUACUCCACAUACACAGUCUAGGUACCACUACAAUAACCAUUUACCCCCUCUGAGCAAUCUUGCCAUUCACAAUAACACAAGACUAACUACUGUGUAGCACUGUGCCCCAUUACUACACAUCUCAAUAUAAUAGAUGUGUUUUAACAUUGGUGACAACUUCUUUACUGUUUAUACUUUUAAGGGAUCAAACAAAAAAUCACAUUAGUUUUAAUUUUUAAAUUAUUUGAAACUAAUGCAUUUUAAUGAGAACUAUUUAUAAAAAAUCUUCUGUAAAAAGUAUCUGGAUUAUCUGGGCCGUUAGUUGUAUUUUGUAUGUCUUAUUUGUAUAGCUGAAUUUCUGCAGCAAUUUCAUUAGAAGUGUUAAUUCCUCUUAAUAAUGAAUUGAAGCAGAUUUUUGUCCUGUAAUAUAAGCUUUAUUGUUUGUAUGUAUGCAAUCCAAUUUCGAUUGUUCCAUUAAUCUCCCAUAAACAGCUGCAAUGCAAAUGUUCAAAGAUAUUUUCAUGCCGCGUUUUGGGUGGUUUUGUUAUAUACGAGUUACAGACACUGUAAAAACUACUGUGUAGUCUGUGUUGUAGUUCCAUUCUAACUCGUUAAUUUAAAACCAUUCACCUCCACCUCAUCCAAAACCCAAACAUACUUAGGAGUUUGCUUUAUUGGUGCAUCUCUUUUUAACAUUGCUUUUGAGUAACAUCUAAUUCGCUUGCUGUUUUGCUUUAACUGCUUUGCCAUUGUAGAUGCAAAUGCAUGAAGAUAAUAAUAGUGCUGAAUUUUUGUUAAGACACAAUGCAAUAUUGUACAAAUUCGUUCGUAUAAUUGCUAAAAACUGUUUUGCCGCACAACCUGGUAAAUAAAUUAACAAUGUUGGUA